CGAGCAUCAGUCGACUCCAUUUAGAUAAAACCGUGAAAUUUCCGCUUUGCAAGAAAUGAAAUGAGAUUGAGUGAUAUCGUAUUCGAUAAGAGAGUGUUAUUUCGCGGCUAUCAAGACCACGAUAAAAAGUAGGUGGAUAACUGCUCGAAGAUUGCUUUUUGCAGUGUCGAGAGGAUGAGCUAUCGAAUAAAUCAAGCCUCGUACAGCCUUCAGUGCCGAUGAAAUUGGUAUUUUCUGUAUUGUUCAUCUGAAGUUAUUGUGUACGUUGCAAGGAAUCUUCAUUCCUUCGAAGUUAAGAUCAGUUGAAGAACCUGCAUAUUUCUUUGGUAGUUGGGUGUGCUGCAAUUCGUAAAAUAUAUCAAUACAAGGAUUUCCUGAUUUUUGACCAACCUCCAAAAAUUUCCAUAAAAUUUAGUGGAAUAAAUUUCUAAAUUUUUAUCCAAACAUUUUAGAAAACGAAUCGUUUUAGAAAUGUCUUUAUUAGAAAAAAUAAAUUCUCUUUUACUCAAAUACGGCGCCAAGCCAGUUCAGCAAAUUGAAAAUGAACCAAAAGGUGAAGAUGUGAUAAAAUUUUCUAAGCUAUUAGCCGAUGACGAGGACCAGAGAAUAUUUCUGAAAGACGCGUUGCAGAUUUUCGAAAGUCAUUACGAUUCAAAUCAUGUGGAGGUGGCCGUUAUUUCAUCUCAGUUAGGAUUCAUCGAGGUAAACGUGGGCAACUACAAUGAAGGAAAAAACUACCUUCUCAAUGCCAUUCGGAUUUACCGAGAUCAAGAAGGUAGUUUUGUCAACUUGAAGCUUGCCGAAGCUUUGACAAGGUUAGGAGUGGUUUACAUAUUCCUAGACGACCACAAAAAAGCAAACGAAGUUCUUGACAAAGCCUUGCCAAUUGUUCAAGAACACUGGAACUCGGAAGACAUCCAUGCUGCCGAGACAUUAUUCAGUUUGGGAGUGGCGUUUGGCGAUUUAGGUAAUCAUCAGCAACAAAAACAACUGCUGGAGCAAGCAUUGCCUGUAAUCGAAAGUCACUAUGGCUCAGACAACAUAGAAUUUGCAAUGAAAUUGGCGAAUUUGGCGGCUGCCUAUGUUUUUCUGGAUAACCAUCGCAAAUCAAAAGAACUACUUCAAAGAGCAUUGCCUAUCGUGGAGCAACAGUUUGAUAAGAAUGGUCCAGACAUUGCAGAAGCUCUGGCCAAUUUUGGAGUUGUUUACGGCGCUUUGGGACAGCACGACAAAGAAAUCGAACUGUUAGAAAGAGCUUUGUCUUACUUCGAAAACAGUUUUGGUGAAGAACAUGUCAAGGUGUCUGUCACCUUGACCAACCUGGCAUUUUCGUAUGGAGCGAAGGGAGAUUAUUUGAAAGAACGAGACAUACUUGAGAGAGUUUUGUGUCUGAAUGAGACGAUCUACGGGCCAGAACAUUCUGAGGUAGGUAAGAGUUUGGUGAACUUGGGAGUGGUUUGUGGCACACUUGAAGAUCACCACCGGAAAAAGGAUUUGCUAGAGAAGGCUUUGAAAAUCUUGGAAAAGAACCUCGGCCGCGAGAAUUUAGAAUCUGCAGAAACUACUGUUUGUUUGGCAGCUGCUUACAGAGACUUAGAUGAUCGUUACACAGAGAUAAAACUGCUGGAAAAAGCGAUAGCUUUGUUCGAAAAGUUUUACAGCUCUGAUCAUAUACAAGUAGUCGAAACAAAAGUCAAGCUAGGUUUAGCUUAUGGUGCUUUAGACGAUAAAAAGAAACAGAAUGAACUGCUGCGAUCAUGCCUUCCCCUCAUUCAAGAACAUUAUGGACCCAAACACGCUUUAGUUGAAAUCAUUCAGCAGGCUUUAGAAUCGACGACAGAUGCAACAGAUAGUGCGAGUAAUAACAGAAGGUUUUAUCACAAGUUGUGCUGUACCAUAUCUUGAUAUUUUUAAGUCUAAGCUAAAUCAUUACAUCUUUCUUUAAAGAUCUGGUUAAUAAACUUUCAAAGCUUGUUUAUAUGUUGAAUCAGUGAAAUGUAUAAUUUUAUUUAUUGACAUUUUGACUGUUGUAUAAAUAACAUUUCUUUGUAAAAAUGUAUUUUAUAUAAUUUAAAGUAAUUUUUAGAAUUGUGUGAUUUAAAUGUUUUAACCAGCUUUUUAGAUA